UCCACACCGACCGGAAAGCCCAGGGAGGUGGCCCCCAGUUGCGGGAGGGUCUGAGCCAUGGCUACCAGGACGGCGGGUGGGGGGCGCUGGGAGGUGGUGAAGAAGGGGCGACGGCCUGGGGCCGGCGGCAGUGGGCGAGGCGGCGGAGUGGAUCGCCGGGCGCUCGGGGAGGCGAACGGAGUGUGGAAGUACGACCUGACCCCUCCCAUCCAGACGACAAGCACCCUCUACGAGCGGGGCUUUGAGAAAAUCUUGAAGAAGCAGAAUAAGGAGCAGGUUCCACCCCCUGCUGUGGAGCCUAAGAAAGCGGGGAACAAAAAGCAGACUAAGAAGGUGCAGACCCUCCCCACCCAGAACCAGAAGCAGGGCCGCUUCCGCAGCCUGGAGGAGGCACUGAAAGCUCUGGACGUGGCAGCUCUACAGAAGGAACUGGACAAGAGCCAGAACGUGUUCUCGGGGAACCCAUCCAUAUGGUUGAAGGACCUGGCCAGCUAUCUCAACUACAAGCUCCAAGCACCUCCAAGUGAACCCACACUAAGCCAGCAUACUCACGAUUAUCCCUACAGCCUGGUGAGCCGGGAGCUGCGCGGGAUCAUCCGAGGACUGCUCACAAAGGCAGCGGGGUCUCUGGAGUUCUUUUUUGACCACUGUCUGUUCACCAUGCUGCAAGAGCUGGAUAAGACUCCAGGGGAGUCGCUGCAUGGUUACCGUAUCUGUAUCCAGGCCGUUCUGCAGGACAAGCCCAAGAUUGCCACCAUGAACCUGGGCAAGUUCCUGGAACUGCUGAGAUCCCAUCAGAAUCGACCGACGAAGUGUCUGACCAUCAUGUGGGCCCUGGGUCAAGCAGGUUUUGCCAACCUCACCGAGGGACUGAAAGUGUGGCUGGGAAUCAUGCUGCCUGUGCUAGGCGUCAAGACCCUGUCCCCCUUCGCUAUCGCUUACCUGGAUCGGCUGCUCCUGAUGCACCCCAACCUCACGAAGGGCUUUGGCAUGAUUGGCCCCAAGGACUUCUUCCCACUUCUGGACUUUGCCUAUAUGCCCAACAACUCCCUGUCACCCAGCCUGCAGGAGCAGCUGUGUCAGCUCUACCCCCGACUGAAGGUGCUGGCCUUUGGGGCAAAGCUGGAAUCCACCCUGCAUACCUACUUCCCCUCCUUCCUGUCCAGAGCCACCCCUAACUGCCCUCCUGCGAUGAAGAAAGAGCUCCUGAGCAGCCUGACCGAAUGCCUGACGGUGGACCCCCUCAGUGCCAGCGUCUGGAGGCAGCUGUACCCUAAGCACCUGUCACAAUCCAGCUUGCUGCUGGAGCAUUUGCUCAAGUCCUGGGAGCGGAUUCCCAAGAAGGCACAGAAGUCUUUGCAAGAAACCAUUCAGUCCUUCAAGCUUACCAACCAGGAGCUGCUAAGGAAAGGCAGCAGCAAUAAUCAGGAUGUCGUCACCUGUGACACAGUUUGCAAGGCUCUGUUGCAGCAGGCUCGGGGCUUCCGGCUGCCCUGGACACGGCUGCUCCUGUUGGUGCUCAUCUUUGCCACAGGCUUUCUGUGCCACGACUUCCGGUCCCACAGCUCCUUCCAAGCCUCCCUCUCUGGCCGGUUGCUUCAGUCAUCUGGUCUCUUGCCUGCUGGCCAACAAGCAUGUGCCAAGAUCUACUCCUACAGCCUGCAAGGCUACAGCUGGCUAGAGGAGACGUUGCCGGCCUGGGGCUCUCGCCUGCUGACCACGGUGAGGCCCAGCUUGCAACUGGCCUGGACCCACAUCAACACCACAGUCAGCUCCCUUUCUGCCCACUGUGCCUCCCACCUUGCCUGCUUCAGCGACAGCCUCUCCAGCCUCUCCCAGAGCCUCCCUGACGCCCUGAUGCAGCUGCUCCGUUCCCUGAGGGAGCUGCUCCUGCUUCUUCACCACAGUGUUCUGCUGCCGCUGUGGCACACGCUGCUGGAGGCCGUGGCCCGGGCCCAGCAGCACUGCCGCGAGGUGUGCAGAGGUGAGGUGACCUGGGACUGCAUGAAGACACAACUCAGCGAGGCUGCCCGCUGGACCUGGCUCUGCCUGCAGGACGUCACAGUGGCUUUCUUGGACUGGGCACUUGCCAUGAUAUCCCAGCAAUAGGCCCUGCCUUCUUGGCCCCUGGGCUCUCUCUGGGACAGGCCAUCUGAGACUGCUGGGGGCCAGGGAGGCACUGCUGCGUGGGGUCUUUUUCACUUGGCGCCUGAGUUCUGUCUUCUAGGCAAGUGGCCAACUGCCUCUGCCCCAGGCCUUCCCUCUGUAGCGGUGACUGGGCCGUGGGUAUCUCAGCCUCCUGCCCGUGAUCCCACCAAACACUUCUCUGGCCCUUUUGCACGUGGCUCCAGCCUUGGCCCUUGGGCUGGCAGGAGCCUCCUCUCUCGUCUCCUGCCUUGCCUCUCAUUGUGGAGCCCCAAACAGCUCAUCCCCAAAGGUGGGACUCCAGCAAGUGGCUUCUGCGUUCUCCUGAUGAAUGAUUCCUGCUCCCGUGCUUCACUGCAGCAGGAAGAGGAAAGGGGCUUCUGGAAGAAGACAGCACCACUGUGGGGGACAGCAGCUCCACCUCUGCCCACAGCCUGGACGCUGAGGGCUGGGUGGAAAACCUCGCACUUCAAAACGCCCAGCUGAGGCCCUUCGAGGCCCCUCCCUGCCUCCUCCAUCGUGACCCUACUUCAUCCCAUUCCCCCUUGGCCCCCAGAUUCCUCCUCUCUCUGCUGCCCACCCCCACUUCUGCCUGGAGGGCGGAGCCUGCUUACUUGUGUGCCUCAGGCGCUGGGCACCUUCCAGCAGGUUGUUGAGAGCGGAUUCAGCAUCUGGCCCCUGGAUGUGCCUACUAGGUGGAAUAAAGGACACAGAUUUGAUUUCUAACUGUCCUCUCUGCAUUGUCACACAGGAAGCCCCAUAGUUGUGGGCAGGA